AUGGAAGCCUUGGACCCCGGCAGCAGGCAAAGCGUCGGUCUGCCAUCAAUCAACCAUCUGGACCAUCCCGACCGAGUCAAGCGAGAGGAAGCCGACUACCACAGGAAGCAGUCGACAGCCAUGGCCACCCCGUUGCACCCUUACGGCAGGGCCGUUCCCAUUUGCACAGCAAUCAACCAAUCGUCACCCGCCAGCGCAGUACCCGGCUCGCUUGGAGGGUUGCUGUCACCGCCCCGAAUCACGACGGACCUCUGGCGACGAGAAGGAACCGCAACGUCCAACCGCCCGCCAGUCGCUGCCCUUCCAUACAUGAGGCCCUCGGAGCUGAACAGCCUCUGUCCUAUCCUGCAUCUGUUCCCCCGCCCUCUGCUCCCGCAUCUGCUCCUCAGCACUACCAUCCUUCUUCUGCUGUACCUUCUCCGACAGACCAGCGACAUCAACCGCCAACUACGAGGCGCCUGCGCCUCCUCCAUCAGCACCUAUGAGUCAGUAUUCAUAUCCACAGUAUUCCUCUGGAUACCCCCUCUCAGCACCACCCCAAAGUGCGCCAAACUCUGCAUACCCCCCAUCUACAACUACCUACUCUGCGCCACCACGAUAUCCUCCACCAUCAUCAUGGCGGGAUGGGCUCGGAAAUGGCCCGUCUGGAGGAAAAGAAGAUUGGCCGCUCCAGUAAGCCCAUAUGGAGAAUCCGUAAAACGACAUCUCGAGAGAUUCGACAUGGAAGCCUCCCUGAAUGAGAUGGCGGACGGCUCCGGCCGCAUCUCAGAGUUCUCCAAGACCUACCGGCAACGAGCCUACGAGAAUCAGCGCAUUGGGAUGACUCUCCUAUCUAUGUGGAGGGGUUAAAAGAGGGACGAUAUGUGCUAAAGAAAGGAGAGGGGACCAAUGUGUCUCUCAAACCUGCGAAAAAGGUGGUUUUCAACCACCAUCAAGCGACUAUCGUAGAGCCUCCACAGGAUCAUCGGUACCGCCCGGUAAAUGGCUACGACCAUGAUACCUCUAGCAAUUACGGAGAUGACAGCAAGAGCGGUGGUGGCUUCGCCGGAGGCGACAGCAAGACGAGGAAGCGCGGUCGCGCUGCUCCGCCAGGCAGAUGUCAUAGCUGCAAUAGAGCUGAGACUCCUGAGUGGCGAAGAGGCCCAGACGGUGCAAGAACCUUGUGUAAUGCUUGUGGCCUACAUUACGCAAAGCUUACACGUAAGAUGGGAGGCAAGGCUAUGACUAGUUCUAACCUCCGUCCCAAAUCACUCGACCAUGGCUCUCCUUCCGCAUGAUCGCGAUUUUGAAUCGCCUCCUGGACACUUGCAGCAGCCGUCUUCGAAGACGUUCGGUCACUUGAAAUCGACGCGGCAGCUCGCCAGCAUACCGAGGUCGAACCUUGUAACGUCCCCAGGAACUGGACUCGAUCUUGUGGAGCGCAGCAACAGCGCUUCGCUUUAGCAUACCUUCCAGACACGGUGGUGCGCGAUAUCCGCUGCAUUUUUAUAUGCGCAAAAAAUGAUCUCUUUCUCAUCAGCAGAUUAGCUUGCUAGAGCUUGUAGCUUUGUAUUAUUACCUGGACUUACAGUUAGCUAUUCUCCCUACGCCAAGUCGCACUUCCUUAUGCGCACACCACGUUUCGUUCGGACGAGAGAUCCUAGCCCGACACUUUCGCCUACGAUUAUUGCGUCUUUGGGUGUCAGCUGUACACGCCACGUAUUCGUCAUGGAUCUGCAUCUUCGGUGUUUUGGGCACAUUUCUCACAUGAGCAGCUAUUACACUUUUGGCACAUCCUUGCGGCUAUCAGGCCCAGGAAGCUGGGACACGGCGCUUCUUGUACUUGGUCAUCUGUUACGGUGACCCAAAUAUCUAUUCGGCGUUUAGCGCGAGGACCAGCGCGGACUAUUGGAAAGUCUGUUGAAUCACACUUUAUCAGAAGUGUACGAAAUCUUUGGGCAUGUUACGGGCGUUUGAAAGAUACCAAUCGGCUUUCAGGCUGGCAAUGUAAAAGCAUUUAGUACAAUAAGAUCGAACGACUUUCAUGUCGAUAAUCA